CCCCUCCAUGCCGCCAUCUUCCGACCCCAAAGAAGAUGACGACAAGGUCAUGGAGUCGCCUGCAUCCACGCCGCCAACAACGCAGCAGCCCAACUCGACGGCGCCGCCCGCAAAAAGGCUCCCUUCGGGACAUCCUCCGCCAAAACUCUGGGACUUCGCUCUUUGUACGCCCCAUCGGCUGGACGGAUCUUCAUGCCAGCCUGCUGGGCGUGCGCUUCUGUGAGCUGCCGGCCUGCGACACUCCACGACCAUGCAACCUGCCAGGCUCUCCGCCGACUCAGGGCCACAUGCGACCGUCGCCCACCAUUACCAAGUUGAGUGACGCGUUGACGGAGAUUUUGUUGCUCUCUUCGGGGCUUCCCAAAUCAACUUCUACUGCCGUCAAAACUGUGCUGAUGACGCUGUGGCCAACAGCGUUUGCAAAGUGGCAGCUUUUCCCAGAUCUGAACAUAUAUUUUGGUGACAAGGUAUACCAUGAUGCCGUGCGUGUUCAAGCCUUGUGGAACUUCCCCUCACAUCCUUCGGCCCUAUCAUCGCAAAGCUCAGUUGCAACAAUACCAGCACGACCAGUAAGCUCAUCGUCCAGUCCGCCUGUUCACUGCAAUGCGAACUUGCCGAUGCUGUGUUACAUUGGGAAGAACCAACUUGCAUCAAUACGCAAGUGCAUCUUUCGUGUAGCGACUGGGCCAGAUAACAAUCCUAACAUCCCCGUCCAGCGGCUACAACAGCUUCGCGCCAAGCUUCUUAUCCCAGCAGAUGCUGAUAAAGAUUCGCAUUUCGUCGGCAUCUUUUUGGCCAUGGCGCAGAGGCAUUUCUACACCCCCCCGAUACGAACUUUGACAAGAGAGUCAUCUUUGGGAUUACAAAAGCCUACCUCUCGUCGGCCCGACUUUCAAGAUGUCAAGAUGAGGAUUUUGACGCAUGACAACGAGACGAGCGAGUUCUUGGUCUAUACGGGCCAUGUCACAGCCCAGUUUUUGGAUCGUUUUUUCGACCCUUCUGGCGCCUUUUACGAGGAGGACGGCACGAUUGCGGGAAUGAAGGUUGAAUUUACCCGCGUUCCCAUCUGGCCCAUCCUGGGACUACGAGAACGACUCGGCAGAGCUUUGGGAGAGGAUAUUGUGGGGCCAUUUGAUUCAAAUCAAAUGGAGACGUGGGAGGACGAUAGGGCAAGAGGCGCAAACAUCAAGCGGAAGCGGACAACUCCAGCAGCGCUUGAUGGGAGCUUGGAUGAAGAAUCCGACGAAGAUCAACCCGCUAUGCCAGAUAAGAAGCGGUGUCUGAGCGAGGAGAGAAAUCUCGUUGGCGUUGCCGUUUAA